GCACACUGCGUGAUUCGCUCUGCAAGCCUACACAAGUGGGCACGGCAUGCAUCAAAGCGACACUCUUCUUGUCAAUGAUCUUGACAAAGUUCGCCACCAUGGAAACUUGCGCCAGCAGAGAGCGGCCCGACUGCUCUCAAAACGAUUAUGAGCGAAAGCAUGAGCUUCUUCCGCCGACGUCCCGAGCGGGGUCAGUGGGGCACCUUGUGACCACCAUUCCCGACGUCAUGCUCUGCAUUCCUUGCUCGCUUUGCUCCCCACAUUCUGCCACUUUGCGAAAGUGUGGAUCUCAGAGGCGCCAAAUGGCUCGGCGAAGCCUGGCGUUACCCGCAUUGAAAGUGGAGAGGACAUGCCAAAUACGGAGGCGGGAGAGGAGGAUGCCUUCAUGCCUUACUUGCAGCGUGGGUGAACGCGGGUCUUCGCCACUCGUUGCUUUCUUCUCAGUAGGCUGCAGGCCUUUUGCCUUCGAACACAGGCCCUUGUCUCCACGCCGUUGGCAUUCUGUCGUUUGCUGGACCACGUAUGACAGCGUCUCGUCUUGUUGACUUUUCCUACGCGAAGCUUUCAACGUGAGCGCCGGGGGGACCCCUUCGGCCGCGAGCAUCGAUCCCCAGUGCAAAGGCAGUUAAGCCGUGGCUUUCUUCCGUUACGAUCGACUUGAGAUCGACUUUUGAAUGUCGGUGCGCAAUGGCGAAGAAUUGGGAGUGCAUUGCUUGCCUUCGCUUUUCACGGGAGAGUCGCCUCUAGUUCUCAUCUUCCUAACGAUGAUGCGUCGUCUAAACUCAAGCUCGACCUCUUCGGCCCAGGCACCUUCUAUUGACGUUCCGGAAAUAGUUGAGCGAAUGCGCCGAACUGAAAGCAUAACUGCCUAUGGUCUGACCGAUGCCUGAUGGAAAGGCUGUGCCUUGCUUGAUAGCCUAGACGGGCGGACCAUACGAUUUGCUAGGUUCCGUUGACAGGGUGUAGGCUGAUACAUUCAGCGAGCGGCUGGCUCCAACCUCUGAAGGUGAGUGAGCACGGGGUGCUUCUUCAUUCCGCUGUCACUUUGCGCAGAUCAACGCAUGUGGACCACGAAGACGCUCAAAAGUCAUAGCCCCACUAUUGGCGCAGACGACCCAUACGCCUCGUGCAUGUCUUGCUCUCGUUGGUGAAGAGGGAUGCGUGGCGACGAAAAAGACGGAGCAGAGUUGGGGCGGAGACGGCUUCGCGGUUUCUAGGAGUAGACACUGCAGUGUCCGGGGAGGAUCGCUGGGCAAAAUAGGAUUCCGAGCGGCCUGAUACGACUUGCUGAACAGCCGAGCUGGCACCGAGGCGCAAUGCGACGCCGAUGAGCUCACGCACUGGUUCGCGGGGAGGGGUUGAGAGCACCGAGAUUGUGGGGACUCGAGACUGCGCCAAUCGAUGACUGAUGGGGCACACGCGUUGUUCGAUUGCACGACUUUGAUGGAGCGCAGAAUGGCAGCUCCUGGCGAGAAUCAGAAGAGCCGUGACUAUUCUCGAAGGCGAAGUCGACGGACUCGAAUAACCAACGUUAGCCGAUGUUGCUACAAGUGCGGAAG